UUCAUCAGCAGCUUUGUUAGGGACAACCUCACUUACGAAAUAAUACCAAAAGCUGCCAAGUCGUUCAUAAAUGUGGUUGAAAAGAUGAAACAGCUGUAUCCAAACAAAGCCGGAAUUGUUUACUGCUUAUCAAGGAAAGAGUGCGAGAGUGUAUGUACUUCCUUGAAGAAAGCUGGUGUUCGCGCAGAAGUGUAUCAUGCUGGUUUGCCGGAUAAGGAGAGAGUUCAGGUACAACAUCGUUGGCUGCGCAAUAGUAUAAAUGUAAUUUGUGCAACUAUAGCAUUUGGCAUGGGCAUAGACAAACCCGAUGUGCGAUUUGUUAUUCACUACAGGUUUGUGCAUUAUUAUGGACACCGGCGCCCUGACGACAGCCAAGCACCUGCAAGUGUUCGAUCAAUGCAUCUACAAAAUAUCUAUCAAGUGGUAGCUUAUUGUGAAAAUAUCUCUGUUUGUAGAAGAAAAAUUCUUGUGGAGCAUUUUGGAGAGGUAAGGCAUUUUGGAAAAUCAAUGAAAUAUUUUGAAUUCCCGGCCCAGCUUUUCUGCGAAACCUCAAAAUUUUUUAUCACAAAUUACUCAAAUGAAAAAACAUAUCUGGCUGAAUUGUUUCGUGGACAGCUCAACAAAAAGGACGCGGAACAAGCGAUGCGAUUGGGACAUACAGCAUAUACAUUUUAUGGACGAGGUGUGGGGAUGGCAGAACAGGACUCGUUGCGAUUUUUGAGGAAAAUGGUGGUCGAAGGAUAUAUUGAGGAGCGUCUGUACCGUACCAAGUUCGAAAGCACAGUAGCAUAUGCAGAGCUGUCCGCAAAAGGCAAACAAAUGGUCGCGACUGGAACCAAGCCAAAGGCAAGACUGAAUGCUUUAAUCAUAAUCUUUAAUCGGUAA